UGAUUUCUCGCGAGUCGUGUUGAAUUGGUAGGUUUCAACUACGACAGCGUUCCUAAAGGGCGUAAACCCUAACGUUAAAACAGGAAUAUUUAUACACGUACGUGUUUGUUUCUAUCUGUUUUCCAUCAACACUUCGUUAAAUGUAACUUUAACUUUUUCUUCCGUGUUUUGAAAAAGGACAGUGGUCAUUGUACUGUUACUUUAAGGUGGGCAAGCAGGUAGGGUGGAAUGCUUUCAAGUUGAGAGGUAGACUACAGUUUAUCACACUGUAAUUUAUUUGUAGAAAUGAAUAGCGUGUCCUCUGUAGUCUCUUUAUUGCAUUAUAUUUGAUGUUUUUUUUGUUUUUUUUUCACAACAGCUUUUUACACCAUGGACAAAGACACUGUGCUGACUCACAUCCUGAAGCCAAAGGGCACGUCGACACUCCUUGGUGGGGAACUGCCUCUAAAUGUGAUAAACAACAAUAGGUACAUACCCCUGCUGACUUCUGAAGCUCAGGCAGCAGAAAGAAAUGUGGAAGGAAACUUGCCCUCCCUCAGUAAUGCCAUCCUGACUGCUCUGUCAGGUAAGGUCAAAACCGUGUCACUGGUUGGUCCUGAAGGAUCAGGUAAAACCACAGCUCUGCAGAAGCUUGUACUGGACUGGGCACAAGGACAACACCUUCAAAAUUUCACUGCCGUUUUUCACUUCCAGUUCAGGGAGUUAAAUAACAUGAAUUGGCCACUUUCCUUGGAGACGGUAUUGUUGCACCAUCAUGGUCUCAUCGAGCAUGAUUCAUUACCCUUAGUCCUGCAAAAUCCAGAGGAUGUGUUGUUUGUUUUCGAUGAUCUGGAUGAUUUUAAACAGAGCCUGGACCCCACAACCCAAACACUCUGCUCUAACCCUUCUCAGGCAGUGUCACUGUCCUGCUUAGUGGCCAGCUUGCUUCAUGGGUCACUGCUGAAAGGAGCUGCCUUUGUGGUCGCCACCAGGACAACUGGAUUCCUAAGGUUUCUUGGUGGUACUCAGGUAGAAGUAUUGGGGUUUCUAAAGCCACAAAGAGAGGCCUACUUUCAAGGAUUCUUUACUGACCCAGGUGUUGCCAACAAAGCACUUCAGCACAUGGAAAGGACUCUAGGCGUUUAUGAUAUCUCUGCCACCCCAAGAUUUUGUUGGACAGUUUGUUCUACCUACAAAUCCCUGAUGGAUGCUGCAGCAAAACUUCCUGAAACAAUAUCUCAGCUGUAUGUAGACAUCCUGGUCCACCUGAUUCAGAUGCUGUCUCUGAGCCAGAACUGUAAUAAAGAACUAGUGUUGGCCCUUGGCAGGAUGGCAUCUCACUGCUCUGUCGAUCAACAUUUGAGCUGUAACAAAGAGGAAAUGGAUGCCUUUGGUUUUCAGCAGCUUCUCAACUCAGUUGGGGUUUUCUUACAAGUAGAUGGAGAGCGUUCAAGUAGACCGGUCUUCUCCUUCCGCUCUCAAAUGAUGCAGGAGUUCCUCUUGGCCUUGUCUUUCUUUUUUGACAAGUCAAUGCCUAAGAGUGCGGAAAGUGUGUUAGAAAAACACAAAGGUGCCAACUUUCUAGAUAUGUUCUUGUCAGCGCUCUCAGAGCCGACUCAGUGUAGACCUCUGGAGACCCUGAUCGGCAGAUUUGACCCAGAUCAGAUCAUGGAUUUCAAGAGUUGGUUCAAAAGCAGCUCAGCGAUGACCCUGAAGGGAUGCUAUAGAGACAAGCACCAGCGCUGCUUCCAUCUGCUGCAUCAGGCUCAAAGUGACAGUUUGGUGAAAGAGAUUGUCACAGACUCAGCACGUCUAGGUAUCAGCUACGGAGACCUGAGCCUCCAGGACUGUGUGGCUCUGAAUUAUGUCGUUACGUGCCUCGGUGAGAUGAAGCAGUUGAAUCUGUAUCUCACGAGAAAUUUGACCGAGGAGAAAGCAGAGAGGUUGGCUCCAGCUAUGAGCUUGUCUCAUAAUAUAAACCUGUCAGACUGCUCCUUGAGUACUGGAGCUGUCCCUCAUCUGGCUUCAGCUCUCAGCAGAGGGCUCACCACGGAUCUGAAUCUCUCUAACAGCCACUUGGGAGAUGAAAAGUUAAAAGUCCUCAGCGCUGGUCUCAGAGACUCCAAGCUGCACAAUUUAAAUAUUCAAGUAUGCAGCCUGACAGAGGCGAGCUGUGAAGAUGUGGUUUCGGUCCUGACUUCAGGCACCUCUCAGCUGUGUGUGUUGAACCUCCGAUGGAAUGCGAUCGGGGAUCAGGGCUUAAUGAAACUGUGCAAAGCCCUGCAGAGUCCUCACUGCAAACUACAGCAGCUCGUCCUACAAGCAAACAAGCUAACUGUUACAUCCAUGGAAGCUUUGUCUGCGGCUUUGUGUUCUGGCCAAUCAGAGAUGAGGAAGGUGGACCUGACAAACAACACAAUUGGCGACGCUGGAGUUGAGGCCUUGUGCAAAUCCCUGCAACAUCCACUCUGUAAACUGCAGAGCCUCAAUUUCUUUGAUAGUCAGUUAACUGGUGCGUGCUGCUCUCAUUUAAUGGAGGCCUUGAUGUCAGAGAACUGUUCUCUGACAGAGCUGGAGCUGGCUGUGAAUGAUUUGGGCCAGGAGGGGGCACUGUUGCUCUGCAAAGCCCUCAGCAAACCUGGAUGUCCAAUAGAAACACUCGGUUUGAAACGAUGUGAGUUAACAGAGUUGGUCUUCAAAGACCUGGGCUCCGUGCUGACAAGUGGAACAUCUAAACUCAAGUCUCUGGUUGUGGGUAUUAAUAAAGUAGGAGACCGAGGGGUUAAACAUCUUUUGGAUGCAGUUGCACAUCCAAACUGUCUGUUGGAGGAACUUGAUGUUGAAAUGACAGAUCUUACUGAUGCCUGUGUGGAGGACGUGUGUGCUGCCAUACGAGCCAGUAAGACUUUGAAGAGCUUGGAACUAAGAAACAACUCACUGACUGACGCAUCUGUCCCAGCCCUAGUUCAGGUCAUGCAGGACAGCCCCAACAUGCUGGAGAUGUGCCUGAAGUACAACGACUUCAGUGAAGACGUUUUUGAUAUGUUGGAAGAGUGUAAUAGAAUAAGAUACUGAAGAAACCUGACGAUGACAAAGCGACACUUGACCUGACAAACUGUCCUUACAGCUAAAACGAGAAGAACAUAGAUGAUUUUUCUGUUGGUCAAAAAUGGAUUAGAGAUUGGUGAAAAACUAAAUUUUCAAGCAAAAUUGGCUCUGAUUGUAGCUUUGUAGAUUUGAUUAAAAACCAAUAUGAUAAAUCCACCUUAAAAAAAAAGUAAAGAUUUGUUGUAGGGAUUUCUGUGCCUUGUGUAGAGACCAGACAGUGGAUAGAGCUGAAAUCAGGGAAUGACGUGCAGGAAUGGAGCCAGAAAUUGGAUUCGAACACGAGCCGUCCGCUUGGAGGACUACAGCCUCCGUACAUGGGGCGUACACACUAACCAUACCUGCACCCAGUAAAAUCCACCUUUAGAGAAUUGUGAUUGUAGUUGUUUAUUCUGACUAUUUUCCUGCGAUUUAAGUAAGAAGGCGAUCUUUAUAAAAAAAUCCCUGAUCAGUUGCAGACUUGAUAUUGCAAAUUGAAAUGCUUACAUUUUAAUAACCAAACAAAUAUUAUUCUGUUUGCAGUUGAUAAUGAAUGGAUGAAAACCUUUCUUGCCCCUGGGGGAAUUUGUCUUGCACUGAGAGCCUUAAACACCAUACAAACAAACAUUUACAGGACAGCACACAUGAUUAAAAAAAAACAAAUUAGGAUGGAUUUAGGAAGUAUCUCCAAUUAGAAUCUGAUAGAAAAAAAUCUAAUACUUAAUCCUUGUCAAAAAACAACAAUUGAAUGUUAGACCUUGUAUUGUUUAAGACUGUAGGGAAUCUCGGUGUCGUCGUGGAAGCCCUGAGUUCCAAACGUCUGUUGUAUGCAUUCAGCUGCAUCUACAAAACGUGAACUUCUCAUGCAGUAUGUGUACGAGUGAGACAUAGUGCUUCAAUAAAACAUUGUACCUUGAACUUAUGACCCUCUUACCCGCUACAUAUGUCUUAGUUCAUGGUAAACGAGUUGAAUAUUCCUUAUAAAAAUGGUUGCCUUAGAGAUCCAAAAGCCAACAUAUGAGACGUGCUUAUCAACCUGAGGAGCUCUGCUGUUCUCACUUUGAAUAGUAGUUUUAUUUAAUUGUGGAUUCUAACAUGCAGUAUUGUAUAACCAACAGUAAAAUUACAUAUUCAUGCUUUGUUAAUUAUUUUCAUAGUUGUUUCCCUAUACUUUAAUUCUAUGUCUUUAUACUACAUUUUGACAAAAUGCACUAGCUUCCUUUGUUUUACUUUGUUAUUUCUGUGCCUUCACCACAGGCUCAGUAGAUGUGUUUUUUUUUUUACCACUGUGCAAUGGAUUGUGGGUCAGGGUAGCCAAAAAAAGCAUACUGGCUUGUACACGGCAAAAUGUGACCUAAUUAAGUAGGACAUCCUGGUAUUUUAGGCAAACAUAUACCAGAACAUACUAAAUCUGCUCUGACAUAAAAGUAUGGACAUGAAAUGCAGCCUUAAAUUACAAAAGACACUUCAACAAGAUUAAUAAGAAAACUCUGUCAACUACUGUUUUUUUAAUAAUGCAAGGGUAAAAUAACUCAAGUCUCAGAAUGACUAGGAGAAACUUUUUUUGUCUUUUUUUGAAGACUUAGUUAUUUUAAUAGUUUACAGCUUAUCAGACCGGCUGCAGUUUUUUCAGAACACAGCUGAUUUCAUGAAAUUAAAAUGAACACAUCACCAGCCCUAGCAUCAGCGUUGCACUGAUUAUUUAGUUUUGUUCUAAUUUUAUUAAAUGUGAGGGGUCGUGAUACAUUUCCUGAAUGAUGCUCUGUCGUGUGAGCCAUUCAGCUCUCCUGAGAUCAUCUGCAGCAGGUUUGCUCGGUGUGCCCAGAGUUGGAACCAAACAUGAAGGGGCAGUUUUUUCGUUUGUUUUUUUAAACUUCAGGAACACUUAAGGUCAGACCAUACCUGUUCUCUUUUAAAUCAAGUCCAUCAUUUUUUAAGUUAAAUGGGAUACAUGUUUAUACCUUUUGCACUAUGUCAACCUUGUAAGCGAGCUUGUUUAUCUCUUUCCCUGUCUGAUUUGUUUUUUGCAUAUGCAUGCCUCGUUUGCUUAUGCGUGGUGUAUGUAAAGCACUUUGAGUUGCCUUUUCUGUGUUAAAUGUUUACAAAAGAACCCUUGCACUUCCAUAAUAAAGUAAAGAUAUCACACUUUC